AUCAGAGUACUAUCACAAUGUCAGGAAGAGGCAAAGGAGGCAAGGGACUCGGAAAAGGAGGCGCCAAGCGUCAUCGCAAGGUUCUCCGUGACAACAUCCAGGGCAUCACCAAGCCCGCCAUCCGCCGCCUUGCUCGCCGCGGUGGCGUGAAGCGUAUUUCAGGCUUAAUUUACGAAGAGACGCGCGGUGUGCUGAAGGUGUUCCUGGAGAACGUCAUCCGUGAUGCCGUGACUUACACCGAGCACGCUAAGAGGAAGACUGUUACCGCCAUGGACGUGGUCUACGCUCUGAAGCGCCAGGGACGUACUCUGUACGGCUUCGGCGGUUAAAACAUCCUCAAGAAUAUCGAACGAGGUUCAUCACAAAGGCUCUUUUA